UAAUAAUUCAUCGAAUCUCAAGAUGGAAGAAAAGAAGAUUAAUGGAACAGUUGUUAAGCAUUUGACUGAAGAAAGUCAAUCAUUGCUCACGAGUGACAAAGACCAAGAGGGAGAAUCUACUGAGGCUGAAAUUGAUAAUACAAUGCAUGCUAGUCCUUGGCAGUGGGUUCCUACCUCGAUUCUGGCAGGGAUAGUAUUUGCAAUUGGGAAUACAAUAAUAAGCUCGCUAGCUAAAUUCACAUAUCUGACCAUGGUAAUCCAAUCGCCAGGGAGUGUUUUAUGAUGUAGUUCUCUUCUCACAAUGGUCUCAAUAUUUGACCAUCGUAGAGGAAACCCCAACUGGUUUAAAGGCAUUUAUUUCAAACACCCUAAUCGUGGUUGAAAAAAUCAAAAUAUUAGAUGCCCAAGAGUGGCUCUAACAGUUGGUUGUGUGAUUGUUCUUCCCAUUCAGUUCUAUUCAUUUACAAUGAGUUAUUACUUUGCGAACAAAGCUGGAAUAAACAAUGGGAUCAUCAUGGCAAUCUGCAUCUUCAAACCGAUAAUUAAUGCUAUCGUGUUCAGGUUUUUAUACCAUCAAAAACUCAAAUAUUUUGAGAUUAUUGGUAUUUUGUUUUCCACGGGUUCUGUUGUUCUCAUAGGGCUUUCACAACAAUCAGAUAGUGAAGGACAUAAGAGAGACUAUAUGUUUAUCUCUAUGGGGCUUAUGUUCCUCGCUAUUUUCUUAGAAGCUUUAAUUGGUAUAGUAGUAAAAUAUUUCCUUGCUUUUAAAAAUAACGAAGCAAACGUGUCGGCUUUUUACUCCUUUUUUAUUUUGAUGAUUGAUUUUACUAAUGUUAUCAUAUUUACUGUUUUUAUGAGUACAGGAUUGGAUAUAACUUGGAAAGAGAUCGGCCUUGCUCAAGCAACAAGUAUCCUAUAUGCCUCUGCCCAAUUCUUAAUGGCCUUUGCCAUUCUAAAAGGUAAAGGUGGACCAGCGAGUGCUUUGGUAGGGACUGUGGGAGUGUAUCAAACAAUUAUUGAAGCAGUAGUAUAUUCUAGAGUCCCAAAUAUAUUGCAGAUUCUUGGAAUGGUAUGAGCAUUUUCAUCAUCCAUCAUCAUUGUUCUUGGAUAUCAUUUCUCAAGAAGUUAAUAGAGCGAUUAAUAACAUCUUAUUUGAUAUUCUCAAU